GUCGUCUAAAAUAUUCCAUUAGUUAGAAUUGAGAAAAUCAAUAAUGUGAAAUCGCAUUACUUACCGGCUCCCCCGGUCUCCCAUUACUAGCCACUUCUAUUAAACCCUUUCACGCCUUUCCACUUCAUUUCACAAAAACCUCUCCAAUUAAAACGAACUCCAUUUUCCUUCUCAGUUCACAAAAAAAAAUCAUGGGCAAGAUUAAGAUCGGAAUCAAUGGUUUUGGAAGAAUUGGCCGAUUGGUGGCCAGGGUGGCUCUACAAAGAGAUGAUGUUGAGCUCGUUGCUGUUAACGAUCCCUUCAUCACCGUGGAAUACAUGACAUACAUGUUUAAGUAUGACAGUGUUCACGGUCAAUGGAAGAACAAUGAGCUCAAGGUUAAGGAUGAGAAGACUCUUCUCUUUGGUGAGAAGCCUGUUACUGUAUUUGGCAUAAGAAACCCAGAGGAAAUCCCAUGGGCUGAGGCUGGAGCAGAGUACAUCGUGGAGUCAACUGGAGUCUUCACUGAUAAAGACAAGGCUGCUGCCCACUUGAAGGGUGGUGCUAAGAAAGUAGUUAUUUCUGCUCCUAGCAAGGAUGCACCUAUGUUUGUUGUUGGUGUCAAUGAAAAGGAAUACAAGCCAGACCUCAACAUCGUUUCUAAUGCUAGCUGUACUACUAACUGCCUUGCACCUCUGGCAAAGGUUAUUCAUGACAGGUUUGGAAUCGUUGAGGGUCUUAUGACUACAGUUCACUCCAUAACUGCCACCCAGAAAACUGUUGAUGGACCAUCAGCUAAGGACUGGAGGGGAGGAAGAGCUGCAUCAUUCAACAUUAUCCCCAGCAGCACUGGAGCUGCAAAGGCUGUUGGAAAGGUGCUACCAUCAUUGAAUGGAAAGUUAACAGGAAUGUCUUUCCGAGUUCCAACAGUCGAUGUCUCUGUGGUUGAUCUCACUGUGAGGUUGGAGAAAGAAGCCACCUAUGAUGAAAUCAAGGCUGCUAUCAAGGAGGAGUCUGAAGGAAAAUUAAAGGGAAUUCUUGGAUACACUGAAGAUGACGUGGUAUCUACAGACUUUCUUGGGGACAACAGAUCAAGUAUCUUUGACGCCAAGGCUGGAAUUGCUUUGAGCAAGAACUUUGUGAAGCUUGUUUCUUGGUAUGACAACGAAAUGGGCUACAGCACACGAGUGGUCGACUUGAUUAAGCACAUGGCAUCAGUCCAGUAAAGUGGCAGUUCCGAGUAUGAUGGUGCGUUACUGAGCAUAUUUAGAAGAGGAAAAAAGCUUUAGAAUAAAGUAAAAUGAGAAGCUGUUUGACGAGUUUGGAGGUGGCUGUCUGUUUACUAUUGUAUUUUCAUUUGGGGUCUCUUGUUGGAUUGUUGUUUUCCCCAAUUUUCAAAUGUGUCUGCAAAACUGUCUGGAUAUGUUGUUUUGUCUUGCUAUCAAUGUAUAAUAACGUUGGACCCGCA